GUCUCUACUUUAUCCCCGUCUCCUGCUUCCUGCUCUUUAAUGUCUUUGACUGGACGGGUCGGAGUCUCACUGCCCUCUUCACAUGGCCCGGGAAGGACAGCUGCCUCCUGCCAGUGAUGGUGGCCCUCCGUGUCAUCUUUAUUCCCCUUUUCAUGCUGUGCAACGUGCAACCCCGUGACUACCUGCCUGUCCUGUUCUCUCAUGACGCCUGGUACAUCGUCUUCAUGAUCUUCUUCUCCAUCUCCAACGGCUACCUGGCCAGCCUUUGCAUGUGCUUUGGGCCCAAGAAAGUGCUUGCCCACGAAGCGGAGACAGCUGGAGCCGUCAUGGCCUUUUUCCUGUCGCUGGGCUUGGCCCUAGGAGCUGCCAUCUCCUUUCUGUUCCGAAUUCUCAUCUAG